AUGGAAAACCCAUCAUUUGUCUUAAGGACCGUCAAAGACGUUGUCAUCGAGGAUCGCCCCAAGCCAGAGCUCAAGGAUCCCUAUGAUGUGAUUGUUCAUGUCGCACAGACAGGUAUAUGUGGUAGCGAUGUUCAUUACUGGCAGCGAGGUCGUAUCGGUGACUACAAGCUCACCGGCCCGAUGGUCCUCGGUCACGAGUCCUCGGGUGUGAUAGUUGAGACCGGCAGCAAAGUCACAAACCUGAAGCCCGGUGACCGUGUUGCUAUGGAGCCGGGUGUUCCAUGCUGUCGCUGCGACUACUGCCGCAAGGGUGCCUAUCACCUCUGUGGUCACAUGGUCUUCGCUGCCACUCCUCCUUGGGAUGGCACUCUGGCCAAGUACUAUGUGAACGCCGCGGACUUCUGCUACAAGGUCCCUGAUUCGAUGAAUAUGGAGGAAGCGGCUAUGGUCGAGCCAGUCUCAGUCGCAUGUGCAAUUGCGAAGACCGCGGACCUGCGGGCUCACCAGACAGUGUUGGUCCUCGGAUGUGGACCGAUCGGUGUUCUAUCCCAGGCGGUUGCCAAGGCAUAUGGUGCCAAGGCUGUCGUCGCCGUUGAUGUUGUGCAGUCAAGACUCGAGGUGGCCAAGUCAUAUGGCGUUGAUCACACAUUCACUCCUUCGCGGGCGGAGACCGGGGCUGAUCCCAUGGAGCAUGCUGAGAAGGUUGCGCAGCAAAUGAAGGAGCAGCUUGGUAUGGGUGAUGGAUUCGACGUCGUGCUUGAGUGUUCUGGCGCAGAGCCUUGUGUGCAGCUGGGCAUCUUUGCUGCCAAGCCCGGUGCCACCUUUGUUCAGGCCGGUAUGGGUAAAGAGAACAUCCAGUUCCCCAUCACCGCGGUCUGCAUCAGGGGCUUAGUCAUCAGGGGCUCCAUCCGAUACCUUCCUGGAUGUUACCCUGCCGCCAUUGACCUGAUUAGCAGCGGUCAAAUCGAUGUCAAGCGUCUUGUCACUAACCGUUUCAAGUUUGAACAAGCAGAGGAAGCCUUUGAACUGGUGAAAGCUGGCCGACAGGAUGUUUUCAAGGUCAUGAUUGCGGGUGUGCAGUGA